CGUCCAUCUAUCCAUCCACUUCCUCUAACCCAACCAGCCGGCCGCCAACGUAUCCAACCGCACUGCCUACUGACCGAGUUUGUCUACCGAGGACGAGGAACGCGCAACAGUAACGACACAUGCAGCGAUGGCGACCGCGAUACCUUCGAUAGCCUGCCUGGGCGUCAUAGGCCGAAAUAACAACCCGCUCCACAUCACCAUCUUCCCGUGCCACGACGCCGCCGUCGGCGCCCGCCCGCCCGUACGCACGCCGUUGCAGUUCUCGCUGCUGCUCAGCAGCGCGCUCGACAUCUUCGAGGCGCGGUCGCGGCGCGGCCACCCGCAGGCCGCGCCGCACCAGCACCAGCACCCGCAGGCCCCGGGCGCCAGCGCGCCGUUCGUGUCCGGCGACUUCGGGCUCCUGCACGCCGUCGACGAGCGCCUCGCCGCCUACGGCUUCGAGACCAACACCGGCGUCAAGUUCAUCGCCGUCGUCGACAUGCGCGGGCGCGUCCUCGCCUCGGCCGCGUCGGGCGGAGGCCUCGCCCUCGGCGCUGCCACCGCCACCACCGGCAGCACCGGCGGCGGCAGCAGCGCGGGCGGCGCUGCGGCUCCUGCGGCCGGCGCCCCCCCUGUCGCGGCGCGCGCCGGUGCAGGCCUCCGCGAGACCGAGCUCCGCGUCGUCUUCCGCGCCAUGCAGACCGCGUACGUGCGGCUCCUGCAGAACCCCUUCUACGACCCCGACGAGCACGCGCCGCUGGUGUCGACCCCUGCCGCCGCCGCGUCCGCCCCCGGCAAGCGCAUCACGAGCCGCAAAUUCGCCGACGAGAUGCGCCGCAUCGGCGAGAGCUGGGCGCCGGGCGUGACGAGCUUGUGAGGCUAGUCUGUCUACCUACCUCCCUACUUACCACCUAUUGGGGGGGGUUCGGGGACGGGGAGAGGUGAGAUGAAGCUUUGGUUCGCGAGGGGACAGGGGCCGUGGACAGGUGCGGCUAGCUGGUCAGGUUGGCGCCAUGGAGCGUGCAUUUUUCGACGGCGUUGCAGGCUGGGUUGGGCUGGGCUAGCAUGAAUAGAGCGCGGAGUCUACGGAGGUUUAGGCGUUUGUUUGCGCAGCCGAGGGCGGACGCCCUUGGUCCCCGCCAUAUUCUUCACAUUAUCCUACAUAGAUAGACAAUGGGAGUCUACGCACGAUAACACACAUCGCACGCGUCCGCAUCUGUACAACGUCCGUCCCCCCUCUCUCGCCAUCCCGUCAACCCUUCUCUCCCUUCUUGCACUCCGGCGUGUCCUGCUCUUCUAGCAUCGUCCUCCUCAGAUACCUGAGGCGGUACCGCUGCAGGCCGGCCAGCUCGUCGAGCUCGACGGACGGCCCCAUAGUGACGUCGCCGCCUAGCGCGGCGUGCGGCGCCGUCCACGGCACCGGCCGCGCGACCGCGCCGCCCUCCCAGUGCCGCGCCUCCCGCGGCAGCGGCCGCCACCAGUCGCCGGUGCGCGCGUGCCACCGCGCGCCGCACAGCUCCC